AUGCCGGCAGGAGAUUGGGGAGACAUCUACAAGGAACUGGGAGCGGUUCCGGUCAUCAAUGCGACCGGCAGCGUCACCAUGCUGGGCGGCUCCACUCCGAUCCCGGAAGUCCGGGAGGCGAUGGCGCAGGCGGAUGGAGCGUACAUCCCGCUCAUGGAGUUGCAGGAAGCGGCGGGCGCGGCCAUCGCCCGAAUGGCGAACGUGCCGGCUGCCUACAUCACCUCGGGCGCGGGUUCGGCCCUCAUGCUCGCCACGGCGGCUGCCAUGGCCGGGGAUGACGACGACCGGAUUCAGCAACUGCCCAACACCGAGGGGAUGAAGAACGAAAUCCUGAUCCAGACCCGUCAACGGUACUGGUACGACCGCUGCUUGGAGCUGGCCGGCGCGAAAUUGGUCAUGUUCGGCUCGGAGGGGCAGACCACCCGCGAGGACCUGGAAAGCGCCAUUGGCCCCAACACCGCCGCCGUGCACUACUACGCCGUGGAGCAGGAGUACGAUCCCGACGCGCUGUCGCUGGAGGACACCAUCGCCAUCGCCCACGCGCGCGACGUGCUGGUAACGGUGGACGCGGCGGGCCAGAUAUAUCCGUUGGAGAACUUCGGCAAGUACGUCAGGAUGGGCGCCGAUUUCCAGUGCAUCGCGGCCAAGUACAUGGGCGCGCCACAAUCCACCGGGCUGGCGCUGGGGUCCGAUGAGAUGAUUCGAAAGAUUGGACUCCAGGCCUUCGCCAGCUACGAAGGCCGGCGGGUGCGCGGAGUGGGUCGUCCCCAAAAAGUCGACCGACAGGAGAUGGUUGGCGCGGUGGCGGCGGUACGGGCCUGGAUGACCACGAACCACGAGGACCGGUUGGCCGACGUGGAACGGCGAACCCGGACCAUUUUCAGCGCCGUUGACGGCGUUGCGGGACUGAAGGCCGACCUGAUGGAUAACGUUAUCGGCCACCAACCCUACGGGCUCAACAUCCGAGUGGACUCCGCCGUCGCCGGGUUCGAUGUCUACGAACUGCGGGACCGGCUCAAGGAAGGAGAUCCGCCGAUCUGGACGCGCGUCCGGGACGGCGAAGACUGCAUCACCAUCCACAUGUUUGGGCUCAACCCGGGGGAGGACCGCAUCGUCGGGGAGCGGAUUGCGGCUUUGUUCCGCAAGUAA